AGAUCCGGAAGGGAUGCUAUAAUUAAACUGAUGUCUGCUGAUUGAAGGAAGGAUGUAACUACAGUUAUGAUCAUGUGAAUGACUUGGUGUCAGUCUGAUCAGUCCUCACUCGUACCUCCGUCGAUGUAACAGGAAAAGGCCCAGUGCAAGCAGGGCAUCAGGCGAUUAUCAGGGAAAACUUGGCAGCGUUUGACAAACAGCGGAUCAAUUGCCUAAUGUAGCAGAAAACCUCUUUCAUGGAUUCAAUAAAGCAUCAGGACUGGUUUGUAGAGCAACGCAUUUAGACAGCUGGAUAUCAAAAGGAUACUGAGGAACAGCCUCUUUGCGGACCAGAUUUGUUGGGUAAACUGGAGAGAAAGCAACAUCAUUAGCUGCGGAAAGUGAACUCUGUGAUAAAUAUUUGAUGAAAGUACAAUGGAAAGAAGGAUUUAAUGAAUUGUGAUUGAUAUCAUCACAAAAGCCGCUGCCAAAUUGGUCCAAAUUGAUGAAUCUGAAGUUUUUUCGUGUAGCAAAAAGAGGAUUGAACGCAGAUGGCCAAUUAGCUGGAAAAUUAGGAGUCCCUCUGGAAAUAUCUCCAAUUUGUACCGGAUCGCGAUGAGCGGUGCCAAAUCCGUGCCCCAAAAUAGCUGUUAUGAUUCCAGAGGAUCUGUGGGAUUUCAGGUUGUUGACAACAUUCCAGUCUGAAAAAUAGAUUUAUUUAGAAUAAAAAUAAGCAUUCAAGGAGAACAUUAAUGAUUCCACAAGGGUAAAUAUAGAAACUCAGAAGCUGAUAGUUGAAAACAUUGAUUAGCGUUAUCUUGCAACUUGAGUUAAUUACAGUGGUUACCAUGGCAACUACUCUUUAUUACAAGUUCUUCAUCGUCUCUUUCUUGUCAUUACUAUGGAGACCAUGGUCACAUUUAGUGAUUGAUGCUCAGCAAACGGUUGUAUCAACGCCUGAAAAUCUAUCCGUCAAAGAAGGAGAAACAGUGACGUUAGUUUGCAGUUACGAGCCUAAUACGACUGAAUUAUAUUUUGGCUCGCUCUCGUGGCAAAUGGGCUCAAGUGUGUUAGCAGCAUACAGUUGCCCUAAUGCUUGCAGCAGAACAAAUCAAAAUACAGACCAUUAUUCUCUGGAUGUUGAUUUAAUAUCAAGCGGUAACUUGACAAUCAGAGAUGUUACCUUGGAGGAUGAUAAUGAAUAUCAGUGUAUAGUCACCACUUUCUAUGGGACAGCAGGAAGUACAUCUCGCCUGAUUGUAAAUGUUCCCCCAGUUAGCUUGAAGCUCUCGGAUACAAUGACCCCAGCUGGCCAUCAGCAAGGUGACAUUGUCCCCGUUCUGUCCGGUCAAACCUACACCAUCACCUGCACAACAGAACCCGGUGCUAACCCACCAGCAGACCUAGAGUGGACGUCCACCACUGCUCAAAUCACUGAGGAGGAUCAGGUUGACCAGCCAGUGACCGCCGGUAGUAAGCUGACGGUGUCUAGUAGGGAGGUGACCUUCACAGCAUCGAUGGCUGACCAUCUGACAGCGGUCACUUGCGAAGCGACGCAUCCUGCUCUAGCGACGUCCCUGACAAAAUUUAUUCAGCUUGAUGUGCAAGUCCCUCCUGAGAAUGUAAACAUCGCUUACAACGCUGUCAUCAUCUCCGACGGAGGAACACUAACACUAGAUGAAGGCACCCCAAACACCAUCACCUGCAAGAGCCUUGGAACAAGACCAGCCUCUGCGAUCACAUGGUACCUCGAUGGGGUACAAGUGGCGUCCGGGAUCGGUAGACCGGUGUUUACCCCGAACGACAACGACAGUCGGUUGCAGGACGCAUCGAGUAGCAUCAUCAUCCAGCCGUCAAGAGAACAUCAUGAGCAGGUUCUACGUUGCCAGGCAACCACGUUUGGCAUCAGCCGUGACGUCAGUAUUAGGCUAUCUGUUGAUGGUCCACCCGACCCACCGGUAAUCAGUGGUAUCCCUGACACCAUCGAUGAAAACCAGCAAACCUCUAUCACCUGUGAAGCCGACAAUGGCCACCCAUCCCCCUCCUUCCAGUGGUUCAUUGGCAAUAGGAACCUCAGCGCCGAUGCAACGCUUCAGGUGUCUGCAGACGCCAACAACCGUAUCGACGCCUUGAGCCAGCUGCGGUACCUGCCUCUGAGGGAGGAUAACGGUCUGGCGCUGCAGUGUAAUGUUAUCCACAAUCAGCUCUCACAGCCGAUGAAAGUGAUGAGUGAUAUCCUUGUUGUUAAUUACUGUCCGACGACCGUUGAGGUCACCAUCUGCCCUGAGGUUGAAGCGGGGUCAUCAAAGGUCAUGGUUUGUCGAUCCGGGGCCAGCAAUCCUGCGUCUAAUCUAGUCUGGAUACAAGGUGUUGAAACGAUUAACGAGCCAAACGCCUUGCAGACUCACUUCGAGGAAAGUUCCGAACCCCAAGGCUCCCAGACAACUCUGACCUACAUGAGAAACUUCACCAAACAAGACUACAGGCAGAGCUUCAAGUGUUGUACCACCCUCAGCCCAUCAUGUGAUUCUACCGUCUGCUCAGAGCCUUGCGUUCCUAAUGUCAAAUAUGCACCGGAAGAACCCAAUAUCUCCAGGAACAUGCCGGCCCGUCAAGUCAGGGAGGGCACCGCAGACCUAGAGUUCACCUGUCAGGCCGAAGGCAACCCCAGACCGGCCCUGACCUGGGUGAUGGCCAAUAACGAAGGUUUGAUGCUUGACCAGUUGACCAAGGAGGAUGGAUCACAGCUACUCAGGUUCAGAGAGGUUAGACGACAUCAUGCGGGGGUUUACAAGUGCAUCGCUAAUAACAACAUUCCACCAAGGAGUAGCAAUCAGAAUCAACUUAUUGUGCUUUUUCCACCUACCAUUCAGAACAAGGCUAACAAUCGGACAACCGCAAACGAGGGCAAGAAUGCCACGUUGUCCUGUGUCGUCAAGGGCAACCCGAGCAUUGAGGUGAACUGGGAGAGACUCGGCAACCACUCGGAUGAGCUCUGGGACCGGACGCUGGUGGUCAAUACCGUGGUGAAUAGCGAUUACGAGAGCGUGGUGAGGAGCACGUUGAGUAUUCUGAAUGUACGGCCGGACGUUGAUCACGGAAAUUACAGGUGUACGGCAAAUAACACGAUUGGAAUAGAUGAAGCUGUCAUCAACCUCAGCGGAACAUCAAAACCAGAGCCUCCGACAUCAUUGCGGGUCGAUGCAAGCCGGACCACAUCUCAUUCAUUCAUGGCUUACUGGCAGCCAGGCUACGACGGAGGAGUAGAACAAUCAUACGUCAUAAUGUACUGUCUGAAUGACACCCAAAUGGACUGCAAGAAUAUAUUUGGAAUCAAAGAACCAGAAUAUCUUUUGGAGGAACUACAAGAUUUUCGCUGGUACACCAUCAUAGUCUAUGCAGAGAAUACCAAUGGUAGAAGCAUUGGGAGCAGCAAAUUUGCAGUAUCUACUGCACCUCUACCUCCAAGUGGUUAUGGUAUCCUAGUGACCAAUGAGAAUGGGCUAAUCACCUUGACCUCUGACCCGGCCAUUGAAUUGCCUGAUGGGAUCGGAUUCAAGAUCGAGACCAGUGCAGAGGGUCACUGUAAUCCAAAGAGCCGUGCUUACCCUGCUGAUGGCGCUCCGGUACAGAGACCUAGUGAUCAAGUCAUCAUGGUUUCAAGCUUUGGCAGAGGAUUGUGCAGUGUACAGGAAACCGUCAAUGUUGCCAGUCUAAACACGGGUAAUAGAGGACAAUCAACUGUAACGUUUGCGAUCAUUGGAAUAGUUGUAUUCAUCGCUUUGGUUUUCCUCGUUUUAUUACUUGUCAGGAGAAAUCAUAUGAGGAAAAAUGAAUUAAAGCUUCCAAAAUCAUCUAUUAGAUCUGGACCUGAGGGUCAGCCAACGAACGGUCAGUCUAGGUCAUUCCUCAGUGAUAAUCCAGUAUAUGAUGAUGUAGCCAAAGAAGACUUCAGAAAAUCACAACAUGAAGGGAGAAUGGUAAAUGAAGAUGGUUUAAUCUAUGCUGAGGUGGCUCACAUCAAGAGUCAUCCCAAUGACCAACCGCCGAUCAGAACGGAGGAAGCAACCAUCUAUGCAUCCCUGGACUUCAACAAGAUGGAUGAUGUGAAGAAACAGCAGAAGCAACCCGUUGUAGACUCCAACAGGAAUGCCGAAGACUGCCCUGAGAAAGAAGCGCUUAUCUACGAGAACGUCACGCCUCAAGGAUUACCCGUCUCGCCUUGACGUUAAGCCUCCAUUAAUGACAUGAAAUAAAAUGCCACAGUUAGCUGAUCUUUGCACAGUGGCUCUUGCCAAACAAGCGAUGUUAAUACCAUCUAAUCUAUAGAAUGAAACUUCUUCCUGUAGCUAUCCUCCAGAGUUUUAGCAUCAGGGUCGUAAAUAGGACAAGCUUACAUGUACCAUUCAUACAUUGUACUGUCUAAUGUUGUGACAAGAUUGUUUCCUUGUGGAUAUGGGAUUCUUACUUUCGCAAUGACUUGAUCAAAAGAUAGCGGUGCUGGCUGCAAAUCUAUAGAAACUUAUAUUCUUCCAUGAAUGAUUGAAGAAUGCAGCUGAAACAAUGGAUGUUCUCUGUGUACAUGUACCUUCUGGUUUUUGCAUGGUUCCAUCUUUAGAUCAAAGUCAACUCGGUAAGGACUAUUGGAUUAAGCUAUUGACGGAAGGAGUUACAGGUUUUAUAUGCUACAGUAGACCCUUGCUAUUGCUUUUUUUGUUUACUUGCCAACAGAAACAUGUAAUCUGAAUAAAAAGCAAAGAGGAUUCAUGAACCAACAGUGCAGAAAGUGAAGGAACAAGAUUCGGGAUCAGUCUGUUACAGUAGACCUGAGGCAGGCUCGUUGCUGGCUUCUGAGCAGCGACUUAAGAUCUUCCACAUCUCAAACAUAAGCGGGGCCAUGCCAACCAACAGUGCACAUAGUGAAGGAACAGGAUAAUUCUGUUACUGUAGACCUGAGACAGGCUCGUUACUAACUUCCGAAGACUUGAGACCUUACUUCCACAUCUCAAACAGAAGUUGGGCCAUGCCAGAACAACAGUGCAGAAAGUGAAGGAAAUGGAUUUAGGAGCAGUCUGUUCAGUAGACCUGAUGUGGGCUUGUUGCUGACAUCCAAACAGUUACUUCUUCUACAUCUCAAAAGAAGUUGGGCCAUGCCUACCAACAGUGCAGAUAGUACGAUUGUAAUGUUGUUUGUUUGUAUCUGUAAAUGUUUGUAACUCAGUCUGGUAUUGUUGUAUAUUUGCCUAGUAUGUGAAGAGGAGUCUUAAGAUGUAGGACAGAACGCAGAAAAAUUCUUGAACAAAGGUCGAUUAUACAUGUAGAUGGUCAAAAUUAUAUGAAUUUAUAAAUAGCUAAUAUAUUAUGACAGCAUUACGCAAUUUCCAUUUUUUAUACCAAACAAAACGUACGUGUACAGACUGUUAUUAACUGUUAUGUUGAAACGUCCAUGAUCGUGUGUAUUUUGAAAUGAAAGUGUAGGAUAGAGUAUAUUUUAUGACAUCGUAGUUGAUUCAUGCCAGAGAGUUCAAAUGAUAAUAAAUGUUUAGAAAUAAAAUGUAGAAUCCAUCUAGUACAUGUAGCUUUAGGAGAGGUGAUUGUAGAUUUCAUGUACAUUUAUUCUUACAUGUGCAGAAACUAGUCCAUAUUUCUAAUAAUGGAGCUAAGAACAGUACCCUGUUUGUUCAGAGUAAUUAAUUGUAACCAUGCCUAUAACUCACUGGCCCGUAUUCUGAAAUCGGGUUUAAUUUAUACUCUGGUUUAAAGUUGUGAUUUAACUAUGGAUAGCCAAUAUUGGCAUAACUCUGUAACUGUAUAGUUUCAAUGUAUCAGCUCAUUUUUCUCUCAUAGCAUUCUUAACUGUUUCGGAGGGACAAGUAAGACAGCUUUCUUCACCAUUCACAAGUUAGGAAAGAGCACAGUAAACAUAAGAAAUAUGCAAUGUAAACAAAAUUUUGACAUUUUUGGCUUUUCAUAAUUUUAGCAGAGUAAGACCAUGGUCUAACUUAAACCUGACUUCAGAAUACGGGCCCUAAUGAACAAAUGUUUGCAAUCAAUUAUGUAGUUAGUUGUAUCUAUUACAUACUAUCAACAAAAAAUUAUAAUCCAUUGUGUAAUUAACUGCAAUGAUGAGUCUUUGACACACUAUGAACAAACAGUUCCCAAUUGAUUAUUUUGUAAUUUGUUGUAACUGGGGCUAUAGCAGACCUGCCAAACCAGUACGUUUUAGCCGUAUUUAGUACGUUUUUGCAACCAAAAUACGGCAGUACGUUUUUUCUUUGAAAAAUACGUUUUUUGAAGAAAAAAAAUUAAAACUAAAUCGUAAUUUAUUUUAAAAAAAUAAUCUCUAUAUGUCUCUAUUUCAUAAAACGUGCACAAAUAUGGUUAUUAGAUCAAUGUAAUUUCAGGUAACUUGUUUUUUUUUUUUCAAUCAUUUUGUUCAAACCAGGUGAAGAUAUACACAUGUUUUAAUGUUGUUUUUUUUUCAUCUGCAAGAGCAGUGCGCAUUUUAGUUUGCAUGCAGCUUGAGCGCCGCGAUGAGCGAGUGCGCCAAGCAUUUUAUUAUGAAAUACACUUUUUUGGGGAAAAAUACAGUUUUUUUUAUCACAGAAUACAGUUUUUCAUUCCCAGAGGUUGGCAGGUCUGCUAUAGCAUGCUAUGAACAAAAAAGUUGCAAUCAUGAUUACACAAUGGGUUGGAAUAACAAGUUGCAAUUAAUUGCAUGAUUCAUUGUAAGUGUGAGUCUAUUUUACGAUGUGAACACAAACUUACAAUCAAUAAUGAUUAAUCGUAACUGUAAGUGUAUGUUGUAAUAUGAACAAAAAAUUAUGAUCAGUUGUAUGUAUCAAUUGUACCUCUGUUUUAUUGUGCUCUGAGGAUCUUCAUAUAUUGAUUAUUGUGAGCAGAUCGUUCUGAUGAUUUUGAUAUUUUUGCAGCUCAACGAUUUGCUGCUUGCCGUACAAAUUUUGUCUUCCAGCCUUUUGAUCAGAUUUUCAUUGCCUUGCUCAAUUAUCCUUAUCAAAUAUGGCCGAUACUCAGCGACAAAGCUCACCGAUAUCAACUAUCAAUAUCAAAAAUUUCAUUCCACGUAUCCUGAUGUUCUGUGAGGGGGUUCCUCCAGUGCAACCAGCUCGUCAUCAUGUUCCAGCAUUAAAUACUCUCAGUUGUCAAAUUUUCUACUGCCCAAAUCAAUAAAGGAUUGUGGACACAAUUAAAGAAAAUCUGUAGAGCUAGAGAGAUAGUUAAAUUAUCAUUUUCCCAAUCAGCUGAGCUAACUAGCUCUAAUUAGCAUUGACCUGCUGCCGCCUAACUGCUACUGGAAGUGCAUGUCCAAACCAGGAAUGUUGAUAUUGAUGAUUGAUAUCGCAGAGUAUAAGCUAUAUGCGAUAAGGAAAAUUUAAAAAGAAAUCUUCUUUGCUGCUAUCCUUGAUGUAUGUGAUGUACAUGGACGAAUCUAAACACCCGUACUCAGCUUCACUUCUCUGUACAAACUCAAUCAAAUAGAAUAAGAGGCAUCAAAGAAAUAUUUUAGAGACAAGGGGCAGUUUUGUUGUUGGGAGGGGAAUAAAUGAUGAUGUGUGCAGAUCAAAUCAUUAAAAAAUAUUAUUGCAAAUAGAACUCAGAACUUCAUUUUAAAAAAUCGUUUUAAAAGAUGACAUAAUUAAAUCAUGCAUGACGUCACAAGUUUUUCCUAGACAGUUUGGAGAUGAGUUUUGUAGACUUCAGAAAAGUGAUUUUUUUUCCUCCGCACCACAUUGUAACCCCAUGUAGAAUAUCACUCUGUGCUAUUGAACCAUAUCUAAAGGAGACUUUAGGCUCAAAUCACUGAGGUGGUUCUGGAACCAUGAAUUUAAAAAAAAUGCAGGUUUCAUGAUUUAGUUACACUUUGAACAGCAACAGUGUCGAUGAACGUCCUAGAGUAACUGCAUUUUUCUUUUUUCAGAGGGAGCUAAAUUGAUUCCUUUUACUUUGGUUUUGGGGGUACCAAACUUCUAUAUGUUCAUAUUUACUAUUAAUAAUUUUGUUUAAAAUGGUGCAUGUAUAUUUAUAAGGUCCUGAAGAGUUACUACUAGCAGUGAUUAGAGUCAUUGCGAUAUCGCCUAAACUUGCCUUGUACAGAGAGGGUUCCUACAUGUAUGUACUUACAGGAAAAGAGAUAGAUUGAAUUUUUUUUAAAGGGAUAAUUUGCCCUGUAAAAGAAAUUGAACAAAAAUUCUAAAGAAAUCUCUGUAAAUUGCAGACAGCCUGCGAUUGAUUAGAAUUAGAUUUAACACAAAUUAUUCUUUAAAUGAACAGGAAAGCAGUAAAAUACUCAUUGUCAAGAAAAUCAUAAUUUUUCUCUGAUUGAUUUAUAAUUAAUAUCAUUGUUCUUGCGAUGCGUGUAUUUGCACAACUCUACGCACAACUCAACAUUAAAAACAAGCUGAUAUUUUUUGUAACAUCUUAAUGUAAUGAUAUUUUUUAUUUAUCAAAUAUGUAUACCUGUUACAGCCCCAAAGGCUUCAGUAAUCAUAAGUGACAGUUCAUCUAUAAUAUUAUACUGAGAAUUAAAUUGAUUUUUUUUUCCUUGAUCAGUGCACAAAACUAACUGUUCAGAUUUAGCAAGAGGCUGGAUGGUAUGGAGUAAUAGAAUUCAACUCUGCACAAUUGAAAUUGCGAUUGUUAAAUGUACUUACUCUCAGUGGUCUCCUGUUUGUUACAAAUAGCCUAAAAAUUGAAAUAAUUUGCCAUUCAAUUUUCUGUACUUUCCUACUUCCGCUGAUUUGGUUUACGGCACACCAUGUGGAGUAUUAGAGAACAGUGGAUAGAAGAAGAAAAAGAAAUAGAAAUGGAUAGGCGAGAAAGUGGAAUUUGAGAGUAGAGUUAUCUUUCUUGGAUGCAGUCCUGAAAAGGACUGUAAACCAGAAAAGAUUGAUGAGUUGAAAACAGCUUGAGUAGUGGUUGCUCUGCUCUACUGCUUCUACUCAUCAUCU